AGAUUAUUUGCAGCUGACCAUCAGUGGUUCCACUCUGUCAGAGGAAGAGCACUGAACAGCAAGCACUUCAGUUCAUCUUACAUUCAGCUACAGGUUGGUGUUAUCUACAAAAUUAUAUCAAACUUCUCUCUAAUUUUGCAUCAAGAAAAAUCUUCUACAUGAUGUGUAAGGUCUGUUAGGACUUUGGUGUGUUUCCAUUCUUUCACUCUCACCUUCACUCCACAGUCUCCACAAUGAGAAAAAAGCUGCUAGCAGAUGUGGAUUGUGGGACAGACGAUGCCCAGGCCAUCAUGAUGGCACUCGCUGACCGAAAUGUGGAGCUGCUGGGGGUCACUUGUGUCCAUGGAAACACCACUGUGGAGAAUGUGUGCAAGAAUGUGCUGAGAGUCCUGCAAGCCUGCGAUAAACUAGAGGUGGGUGCAAGCCGGUGUGUGUUAUUGAUAGUUAUCUAUGACCUGAUCUGACUUAUUGGUAAAUAUUGUCUUUCUUUCUCUUUUUGUUUGAGUUUUACAUGAAAUUUAUUGGAGUCAUGUAACAAAUUAGGGGGCUUGAGAGUAAGUUGUUGUUCCUGAGGCCACAUGAUGUGAAGCAGAAGCUCUGAGCUUUUUUUGGACUUACAUGUCUACCUCUUUGUUGUUGUCUGGUUCCUGUUGCAUUCAUCGAAAAGGAAAUUAAACCAAACAUCCGAGAUGAUUGUUUUCAUAUUGAUAAUGUUAAUGAAAUUAAUGUUCUGCCGGAUGUCUAAUACUUAGCAAGAAAAGCGACCAUAUAACACCAGUCCCUGCUGCCCUUCACUGGCUCCUUGUGAGUUUUAGAAAAAUAAAUUAUUUGUUUGGAUUUUUUAACAGAAAAAAAAGGAUCAAAGAGAACAUUCAAACAGUGUUUUUGACUCAAAGAGCUUAGUAAACUGUUAAAACUGUUGAAGGAUGACAUCGGGUGAAUUUGAAGAUAAGAGCAGCCUCAAAAUUCAGCUUCCCCAUGAUAUUUAAUUUGAUGUCUUAAAUGUCUAUAAUAUGUAAGAUGCCACUCUUCAUACAUUGUUAUUGUCUCAUGGUACUUUUAGCUCUGAAAAACUGAAGAGACAAGUGCAAAAGUAUAAAUAUAUUUUUUCUGGGUCUACUUUCAUAGGUUUGUGUUAUAAUUAACAUUUUUGUUUUAUGGUACAUUUAUAAAAAAAAUUUCCAACAUUUAGAUACCCUCAUUUUGGUCCUUUAUUUGCAGAGAAUUACAGCUAGUUAGUUGGUUUUCAAUAAUAGAUUUUAUCUGGGGGUGUAUAGUCAUAGUAACCAACAUUUUCUUGUUAUCUAAAACAUAAUGACUAAAAUACAAACAGAACUGUUAAUCAGAUGCCUUCUUCUCUUCACAUUCCAGAUUCCAGUGUUUAAAGGAGCUGAUAAGCCCAUCCUGGGGAACACUAUUAAUGCGGACCACUUCCAUGGACUGGACGGGCUGGGAGAUGCUCCAUGCCCCAACCCCCCCAGCCUGGACCUGGUUCAGAAAGAGGGUGCUGUGUCUGCCUUGAUCAGGAUUGUCAAUGAAAACCCAGGAGAGGUAAAAGACGUGACACAGCUCUCUCUCUCUCUCUUUCUAUCAUCAUCUGAAAGGUUUUUGAGUCUGAGUGCUCUCCCCAGGUGUCUCUUGUUGCCACGGCACCACUAACCAACCUGGCUCUGGCUGUAAGGAUGGAUCCAUCCCUACCCAGCAAACUCCGGGGCCUCUACAUCAUGGGAGGCAACACCGAUUGUCAGUCAAAUGUUUUAACCAGACAAGCAUUUUCUCUGCAAGUUUUAUUGUAUCUUAUCUCCUUUGAGGGUUGCUCUAAUCAGGUAACCAGCAGUUUGAUCUGAUUUACUCCCUCAGCUCGAGGAAACAUCAGAGUGUGUGCCGAGUUUAAUUUUGCUGCUGAUCCAGAAGCUGCAUACAUCGUGUUGAAGGAUUACUGCUGUCCCACUUACCUGGCCUGUUGGGAGUUCAUCUGCCACAGCAAGCUGUCCUGGGUACGGCUUCUUUUGCAUUUUGUAACUAAGAAAUUUCAUUUGCAUUUAUUAGUGCAGACUUUGUAGAUAUCGGAUGAGAAGAAUCAGGUCCUCUAAUUACUCAAUCUGGCACUUUAAAAACAAGUAUAUAGAUUAAAAAAAAGUAUUUCAAAAGUAUGUUAUAAAAACUUCGAGUGACUGUUAUUCAUUGGACUUUGUUAUUGCAGCUGUACCAAAGUCCCUCACUGUUUAUCUCUGCAGUCUUUAACUUGUUAGCACUCAUGCAUGCUUAGUGAUUGCUGCAGCUUCUCUUAUUGUGCUCCUUAUGUCCUCCUGCAUGGUACUUGGUACUGCUGUUGCACAUGUUGAGGAUACAGUUUUUUUCAAAUCCAGCCCCUCUAAAUAAUUUGAAUAAUCCUGUGAGUUACAGCUGCUGUUUACUCUUUUCCUCCCUUUGACAGGAGUUUUGUGACGCCUGGUUGGCCCAGGACACAGACAAGGCCCGCUUCAUGGCUCGGAUCUAUCGGCACAGCAUCGAGGCUAUGCGAAGCGAACGCUUUAAGAAAAUGUUUGUUGGUGGCUCAGGGUUUGUGUCCUGUGACCCGUACGCCAUGGCGGCUGCUAUUGAUGAUUCGUUCAUCUUGGAAUGUGACGAGUAUCCUGUAAGUGUGGAGCUGACAGGCACAUAUACCCGGGGCAUGAUGGUCAUGGAUACUGUGGGGCUCCUGAAGGGAAAGGAGGCGCUUAAGAAGGCUUUUAUCAUGAAGAAGGUGGAUAUGAAGAAGUUUGAGCAGAUGAUGAUGGCUGCUUUAAAAUAACAGCAGUGAACAUGCUAAAGAGCCAUGAGUGAGAAACUUCCUGUCUGCAGAUCUGGGCUGAACAUAAGUGUUCAUUUGUUGUUCUGUGGCCCCUCUGCUCUUUCAUUUCAAGAGCAUUUUUGUAUUGUUUUUUCACUUGAAAUGAAGCUCAUUUUUUAAACUGUGAUAUAAAUCCUAAAACUCACUUCUGUAUAUACAAAUCCUAAUCAUAUGAUGCC